CUCACCUCUGGCAACACUGCAGGUUGGAGACUCUGGCUGCCUUCUUGGUCUUGGAGACCCUGGCUGCCCUCUUGGUAUUAUGUCUGCACUUCGAAGGAAAUUUGGGGACGAUUAUCAAGUAGUGACCACCUCGUCCAGUGGGUCAGGCUUCCACCAGCAGCAAGGCUCGGCCCACAAGAAAAAGCGCCAGAGGUUUGUGGACAAGAAUGGCAGGUGUAACGUGCAGCAUGGCAACCUGGGCAGCGAGACGAGCCGCUAUCUGUCGGACUUGUUCACCACCUUGGUGGACCUCAAGUGGCGCUGGAACCUUUUCAUCUUUAUCCUCACCUACACUGUGGCCUGGCUUUUCAUGGCCUCCAUGUGGUGGGUCAUUGCCUACAUACGGGGUGACUUGAACAAAGCCCACGAUGAGAAAUACACCCCGUGUGUUGCCAACGUCUAUAACUUCCCCUCUGCCUUCCUCUUCUUCAUAGAGACAGAGGCUACUAUUGGGUAUGGCUACAGAUACAUUACAGACAAAUGCCCGGAGGGAAUCAUCCUCUUUCUUUUCCAGUCCAUCUUGGGCUCCAUUGUGGAUGCUUUUCUUAUAGGCUGUAUGUUUAUCAAGAUGUCCCAACCUAAAAAACGGGCGGAGACACUGAUGUUCAGUGAACAUGCUGUCAUAUCCAUGAGGGAUGGCAAACUUACCCUCAUGUUCAGGGUGGGCAACCUUCGCAACAGCCACAUGGUUUCUGCACAAAUCCGCUGCAAACUUCUCAAAUCUCGGCAAACUCCUGAAGGUGAAUUUCUGCCCCUCGAUCAACUUGAACUGGAUGUAGGUUUUAGUACAGGGGCGGAUCAACUUUUUCUUGUAUCACCACUUACAAUCUGCCAUGUGAUCGAUUCAAAAAGCCCCUUCUAUGACCUUUCUCAGCGAAGCAUGCAAACUGAACAGUUUGAAAUUGUUGUCAUCCUAGAGGGCAUUGUGGAAACAACUGGAAUGACUUGUCAAGCCAGAACAUCAUACACAGAAGAUGAAGUUCUCUGGGGUCAUCGUUUUUUCCCCGUUAUUUCCUUAGAAGAAGGCUUUUUCAAAGUAGACUACUCCCAGUUCCAUGCAACCUUUGAAGUUCCUACUCCACCUUACAGUGUGAAAGAACAGGAAGAAAUGCUGCUUAUGUCCUCCCCUUUAAUAGCACCAGCUGUAGGUAACAGUAAAGAAAGGAAUAAUUCUAUAGAAUGUCUAGAUGGCCUUGAUGACAUUGGUACAAAGAUACCCUCCAAACUACAGAAAAUGACUGGAAGAGAAGACUUUCCUAAAAAACUGUUGAGAAUGAGUUCUACUACUUCAGAAAAAGCCUACAGCAUGGGGGAUCUCCCUAUGAAACUUCAGCGAAUAAGUUCUGUCCCUGGAAACUCAGAGGAGAAACUGAUAUCUAAGACCACGAAAAUGUUAUCAGACCCUAUGAGCCAAUCUAUUUCAGACUUGCCACCAAAACUUCAAAGGUUAUCCGGAGGAGGAGGAGGAGGCAGAAUGGAUGGAAACCUUCCCCCAAAGCUGAGAAAAAUGAAUUCCGAUCGGUUUACAUAACAGGAACAAACUUUUUAGGCAUUACUUGAAUGGCCAUUAUAUCUAACUGGGGCAGAAAAGUAAACACAUUGAAAUAAUAUUUGGUGACUGGGUUUCUUUACAGCUACAUGUACUCUGGGAUAAUACUCUCCCUUUUUAAGGACUACAA